GGAUUCCUGUCCAUUGAGAGCCUAUAUCAACACAGGGAUCCUCGUGGGGUGUCCAUUUCUUGUUUGGUGCUAUACGUCACCAGCUACAAAACCUAGGUUCUACGCUGAAUAAAGAUACAAGUUGGUAUUAAAGUCCUUCAGAAAAGGUGACUCCCUAUUCAUCUAAAGAGAUUCACACCAACUGUUUAUCAACCCGGAUUUCAGAGAAGUAAAUCAGAGUACAACCGCAAUCAUCCAACAGCGCCUAGCAAUUAUUUGAGACUAUCAGAUAACUUUUGACGGAUGAUGAGCUACUUGGGUACCCGUUAGAACUCACUCUCAGGAUUCAACUUCUGUGGCGUGCCAUUCCGUCUUUCUAUUCCAGCAUACCUAGGUACGAAUCCACCGUAUACACCCGAAUUAGACGGAACCGUCGUACACAAGCGCGAUAUCGAGACACGAUGCGUCGACGACUACGGCAAUGCGACUAUCGACCCAUUCUUAUGAGUAAGAAGACGUCAUUUAUAUCAGCUCUUGCCGUAACAUCGCAAAUUCUACAGGCCAAUGCCAUCGUGUACCCUAGUAACCAUGAGCUAUACGCUUUUGACUACCUAGGUACCAACAAACAAUAUCAGGGGACGGGUCGUCCUCUAACAAAACGCGAAAAUGCAAUCCCGCUCAUUAUCACAAAUAACUGCGGCGAUACACUCUGGCCUGGAAUCGGGACUCAACAUGGAGAUCCUCCUGAUUCGCAUGGAUUUGAACUCGGGCCCGGCGAGACCAAAUCCCAAACCGUCGGUCCAACUUGGCAGGGCAGAAUCUGGGGUCGCACAAAUUGCACUACCGACGGAGACACGGCGACGUGCUUGACUGGAGACUGCUUCGGAAAAUUGGAUUGCGAGUAUGGUGGUGCUGUGCCUGUUACUCUGGCUGAGUUUAAUCUUGCUGGCGGCACAACGGGCAGGCAGACAUUCUACGACAUUUCGCUCGUUGAUGGCUACAACCUACCUAUAGGGGUAGUCUAUCACCCAGCGGACAACACAACCUAUAUUCCACCGAACCUAGUCAAUCCCUCAUGUAUCGGAACUACCGGGUAUCUCGCUGCCUUCAGUAAGACUGGGCUGACUUACACCAACUCAACUUACCCCAUGCCGUAUGAGGAUAUUCAGUCCAACGGCGAUCUAACCAACUGGUGUCCCUGGGAUCUCCAGGCCUUCCCGCCGGAGAAGCCCGGAGACGGAGUAUACCCGUAUCCGGACGACACAAUACAGCGACCAGUAUUUGAUCCGUGCAAGAGCGCGUGCGCGGCGAACAAUGCACCGGAAGAUUGCUGCACGGGCCAGUACGACGACCCAUGGGUCUGCGAGCCGAGCCAGUACUCGUAUAACGCUAAGGCUAUGUGCCCCGACGCGUACAGCUACGCGUUUGACGACCAGACCUCCACGUUUAUCAUACCCAGCGGAGGUGGAUGGGAAGUCGUGUUUUGCCCCGACGGUCGCAGUACUAAUAUCCUCGCUACGUUUACCGAUCAGCUGCAUCAGAUUGCGAGUGGUGGGGUUACUCGGGAUGUGCUGAGGGUUGCUAUGAACAAGACUUAUAUUGAGUCGGUGCCCAGUGGAAGUCCGCGAGUUACUCCGGCGGGGUUGGGGAUGGUGGUGGCGUUGGCAUCGGUGGUUGGUGUUGCGCUAUUUUGAGUGUGAUGGAAAGUACUGAAAGCACUGUGUACGAAUGUAUAUGAAAGACGAUGAAGGGGGCACCUAUGACCUGGCGUUUUGUGGAAUGGUAAAGAUGGUUUUCACUCGCGUAUACCCAACAAGAAGGACGGAUGGAAAGAUAGGAAUAGAGAAUAGGGAAAAUUGUUAUUAGAAUGGCUAUGCUGUUUAUCCGUUGAUAGACUUCGGCCACUUACACAGGAUCUAGAUACCUUUAACAUACAUAUACUCGUUUAUGCCUACGUUCC